AUGGAAGUUAUAUUGGUUAAUGCAUCGGCGGUAAAGGUAAGCUGGGAAAAGCCAUUGUAUGCAAAUGGUGAUAUCAUUGGAUAUUAUGUUUAUAAGGAUCGAUUAUUAAAUGGUGAACCGGUUAAUGACAAAUUACAACGAGCUAUCAUCUAUGAUCAACAUAAAACAUAUACAUUGAUCACAGAUCUUGAACCGAAUACGGAGUAUUCAUUCCGGGUAAAUGCUUUCAAUAGACAUGGUGAUGGUGAAUUUAGUGCAAGUAAAAAAAUUCUUACAGGUGGAUUACCUCCAUCAGCACCACAAAUUCAUUCCGUUAAUUUGCUCAAUGAUGAAACUCCGUUACGAGCACGUGUUGAUUGGAAACCACCAAAGUUCACAUAUAAUUUACCAAUCAAUAAAUAUAUGAUUUGGUAUAAACCAUUCGAACACACCGAUGCACGCAAACUUGAAGUAUCUGGCACACAAAAUUUUGCUAUACUUGAUGAUUUAUUUCUGGGACGAUUGUAUGAAAUUAAUAUAGCAGCGGAAAAUGAUGAUGGCACAGGUGUGAAUGCAACAGAAUGGUUAACAACACCGAUAGGAAUACCUGAAGCUGAACCACUUAAUGUACGCUACGAAAUUAAUGCGAAUCAGGUGACAGUAUCAUGGGAUCCACCAGUAAUCGAUAAACGAAAUGGCAAUAUUACAUAUUAUCAAGCUAUUUUAACUCCAUUAGAAGUUGAUGAAGAGAAAAUUGUUCGAAAUGUUACAAAUGGUCUUUCUACAACCUACGACGCAUCAAUUCCAAAAAUUUAUACUUUCAAGGUUGCAGCAGCUACAAUGAAGGGUAUUGGUCCGUAUUCGCCGGUUUUAUCCAUUGAUCCUGAUCCAGCAAAAAACCGUACUUUUGCAUUUCCUGUUAAGCACCGUUUUAUCAAGAUUUCCGGAUAA